GGUCAUGGUGAGGGCGUGACGCUACAAGGGAGGCGUGGCCAGAACGGAGGCGUGGCCAAUGUGGGCGUGGCGCGGCAAUGGAGGCGUGGUCAGUACGAAGGCGUGGUUAGCGGGGGCGUGGCCCCGCUGUGUUUUGGGGGCGCUGCCGCCCCCCACGCACCGUGCCCGGGAUCUGUCGCCAUCACCGGCGGGGUUUUGGGGGAAAACCAGGCGGUUUUGGGGUCACCCACUCCCCCCGCAGCGUUAUUUGGGGGCUCACCCCCCCAACCCGUGGCAUAUUAAAUUAAUUUAAUUAAAUUAACCGUUUUUCAGCAGAGAGUUGGGCUAAAAAGGGCAAAUCCGGGCCAGUUUGGGUCCCUCGUCGCUCCUCCCGCCCCUCACCUGGCAACAGCUGCCGAUUCAGCGGGGCCUCGCGGGGGAUUUUUCUGAUUGGCCGAGCGCCGCGCGGGCCGACCAAUGAGAGCGAGACACGGGCCCUUCGGCGUUCCCGCCCACCCAGGCUGAGGCUGCGGGGCAGCUCGGGCCGUACCAAGCGCGGCCGUGAGGGGUGGGAAAACCCAGCGGGUUUGCGGGUGUUCGUGGGCCCCACACGCCGCGCGUGGGGAUCAGGCGGGAAAGGAGAACCCUCAGCGUCUCCCUCGGGAGGGGCCGUUAUGGGGAGUAGAGUGGGGAGCAGAGGGUGGGGACGUGACACCUUGUGGUUUCCCCCCUUUCCGCGGGUGGUGCAGCCCGGGCGGAAGUGAGGUGUCGUGCGCUGAGGCGCUUCCGGUGGAGGAGCGGCCUGAGGGAGGCGGCGGUGGCGGCUGCGGCUCCAUCCGACCGGGAGCCGCGGGGCGGCUGUUUACCGGCCGUCGGGCUGUCGUCGGGCUGUCGUCGGGCUGUCGUCGGGCUGUCGUCGGGCUGUCGUCGGGCUGUUGUCGGGCUGUUGCGGCAGGCCAUGCUGUGCACGGCGGCGGUGAUGGCCGGCAGCCUGGCGCUCACCACGGCCGUGGUGGCGCACGCCUAUUACCUCAAGCACCAGUUCUACCCCACCGUGGUGUAUCUCACCAAGUCCAGCCCCAGCAUGGCCGUCCUGUACAUCCAGGCCUUCGUGCUGGUUUUCCUGCUGGGCAAGUUCAUGGGGAAGGUGUUUUUUGGGCAGCUGCGCGCGGCCGAGAUGGAGCACCUCCUGGAGCGCUCGUGGUACGCGGUGACCGAGACCUGCUUGGCCUUCACGGUGUUCCGCGACGACUUCAGCCCGCGCUUCGUGGCGCUCUUCACCCUCCUCCUCUUCCUCAAGUGCUUCCACUGGCUGGCCGAGGACCGCGUGGACUUCAUGGAGCGGAGCCCCAACAUCUCCUGGCUCUUCCACUUCCGGAUCGUCUCGCUGAUGUUCCUCCUGGGCGUCCUGGACUUCCUGUUCGUUAACCACGCGUACCACAGCAUCCUAACGAGGGGAGCGUCCGUGCAGCUCGUCUUCGGCUUCGAGUACGCCAUCCUGGUCACCAUGGUGCUCACCGUGUUCGUCAAGUACGUGCUGCACUCCAUCGACCUGCAGAACGAGAACCCGUGGGACAGCAAGGCCGUCUACAUGCUCUACACCGAGCUCUUCACCGGGUUCAUCAAGGUGCUGCUCUACAUGGCCUUCAUGACCAUCAUGAUCAAAGUCCACACCUUCCCGCUCUUCGCCAUCCGCCCCAUGUACUUGGCCAUGAGGCAGUUCAAGAAGGCCGUGACGGACGCCAUCAUGUCGCGCCGCGCCAUCCGCAACAUGAACACCCUGUACCCCGACGCCACCGCCGAGGAGCUGCAGGCCGUGGACAACGUCUGCAUCAUCUGCCGCGAGGAGAUGGUGACGGGCGCCAAGCGCCUGCCCUGCAACCACAUCUUCCACACCAGCUGCCUGCGCUCGUGGUUCCAGCGCCAGCAGACGUGCCCCACGUGCCGCAUGGACGUGCUCCGCGCGUCGCUGCCGCCGCCGCCGCCGCCCCCCGAGCCCCCCGCGCCCCCCCCGGCCCCCCCGGCCCCCCAGCCCCCCAACUUUCCGCAGGGGCUGCUGCCGCCCUUCCCCCCGGGGAUGUUCCCGUUCUGGCCGCCGGUCGCCCCGUUCCCGCCCCCCGGCACCGAAACCGGCGCCCCCGCCGCCGCCUCCCGCCCCGGUGACACCGGCGGCACCGCCACGGAACCCACGGCAGCGCCGGGGCUGCCGCUGCCCCCCCCCUGGCUGGGGACGCCGUGGCCGCCUGUUUUUGGGCUGCCCCCGAUGCCGGUGCCGCCGGCGGGCUUCGCGGGGCUGACGGCCGAGGAGCUGCGCGCCAUGGAGGGGCAGGAGCGGCAGCACCUGGAGGCGCGGCUGCAGUGCCUGCACAACAUCCACACGCUGCUGGAUGCGGCCAUGCUGCAGAUCAACCAGUACCUGGGGGUGCUGGCCACGCUGGGGUCGCCCCGUCAGGCCCGGCCCAGCGACCCCCCCGGCGCGGAGCCCGAGCCCCCCGGAGCCUCCGCGGGUCCCAGCGCCGGCGCCGGCGCGGCGGGUGAGGCCGAAGCCGCGGAGGAGGAGGAGGAGGAGGAGGAGGAGGAGCCGGACGCGGCCGAGCUGCGGCGCCGGCGCCUCCAGAAACUGGCGGCUCCGCUCUGACCCCGUUCCGCCCCGUUUCACCCCGAUUCGCCGCCGGAACCCUCAGGGCAGGACCGCCGCUUCCCAUUCCCCUUCCGCUUCCCCUUCCUCUUCCCCUUCCGCUUCCCCUUCCGCUUCCCCUUCCUCUUCCCCUUCCGCUUCCCCUUCCGCUUCCCCUUCCUCUUCCCCUUCCUCUUCCCCUUCCGCUUCCCCUUUCCCUUCCCCUUUCCCUUCCCCUUUCCCUUCCCCUUUCCCUUCCCCUUUCCCUUCCCCUUCCGCUUCCCCUUCCGCUUCCCCUUCCGCUUCCCCUUCCGCUUCCCCUUCCUCUUCCCCUUCCGCUUCCCCUUUCCCUUCCCCUUUCCCUUCCCCUUUCCCUUCCCCUUUCCCUUCCCCUUCCGCUUCCCCUUCCGCUUCCCCUUCCGCUUCCCCUUCCGCUUCCCCUUUCCCUUCCUCUUCCACUUCCCCUUCCCCCCCUUCCUCUUGCCUUCCCCUUCCCUUUCUACUUCCCCUUCCUCUUCCCCCUCCCCUUCCUCUUCCCCCUCCCCUUCCUCUUCCCUUCCCCUUCCACUUCCCCUUCCCCUUCCGCUUCCCCUUCCUCUUCCCCCUCCCCUUCCCCUUCUACUUCCCCUUCCCCUUCUACUUCCCCUUCCUUUCUACUUCUCCUUCCACUUCCCCUUCCUCUUCUCCUUCCUCUUCCCUUCCCCUUUCCCUUCCCCUUCCCCCUCCCCUUCCUCUUCCCCUCCCCUUCCUCUUCCCCUCCCCCUCCCCCUUUGCCUCUUUCCGCUCCUUCUCCCUCACUUUUCCCCCAUUUCCCGCCUUCCCCUCCCCCCUCUGGUUUUUGCUGGUUUCUCCCCUUUUUCAGUGAUUUUUUUCACCCCGUUUUCUCUGGUUUUCCCCAUUUCCCCCCCUUUCCCCUCCCCCUCCCCCUUCCCCCAUUUCCCCCCGUCUCCCUCCCCCACUUCUCUACCUCCACCGGGCGCCGCUUCGGAUGGCCCCAAAUCGCCAUUUUUAACCCCAACCCCCCUCGUUAGGAAACGAGCUCGUUAACAGUAUUAACCCCUCCCGCCCUGAAAACGCCGCUUUUGGCCCCAAAAUCCGCCCCCCGGCUCCUCAACCCCCGAAUCCCCCGCGUGGCCCCGACCGCCCCCAGACUGGUCCGGACUGGUUCAUACUGGUUUGGACUGGUCUGUACUGGUCCGGACUGGUUCAUACUGGUUUGGACUGGUCCGUACUGGUCAUACUGGUCUGUACUGGUUGGUACUGGUUCAUACUGGUUCAUACUGGUCUGUAUUGGUUGAUACUGGUCUGUACUGGUUCAUACUGGUUCGGACUGGUCUGUACUGGUCCGUACCAGUCCGUACCGGUUCAUACUGGUCUGUACCGGUUCAUACUGGUCAUACUGGUUCAUACUGGUCUGUACUGGUUGAUACUGGUCCAUACUGGUUCGGACUGGUCUGUACCGGUUCAUACUGGUUCAUACUGGUCUGUACCGGUUCAUACCGGUCCGUACCGGUUCAUACUGGUCUGUACUGGUUUCACGUCCCCGCCAGUGCCGGGAGGCGGAUUUUUGGGUCAUUUUGGGGUCAUUUUGGGGUCAUUUUGGGUCGUUUUUGGUCCUUUUCGCCCCGUUUCCUCCGGUGCCUCUUGGACCCACAAAAGGGCUUCGAGGAGCCCAAAAAGCUCAGGGAAACCCAUUUUGGGGCGGAACGCGGCGUUUUUGGGGCUGAACGCGGCGUUUUUGGGCUAAAACGCAGCAUUUUUGGGCUAAAAUACGGCGUUUUUGGGGCUGAACGCGGCGUUUUUGGGACGGAACGCGGCGUUUUUGGGGCUGAACGCGGCGUUUUUGGGACGGAACGCGGCGUUUUUGGGACGGAACGCGGCGUUUUUGGGGCUGAACGCGGCAUUUUUUGGGGCCGGAACGCGGCGAUUUGGGCGGAAAUGGUGAUUUUUGGUCACGAGGCUGAUUUGCUCUUUUUCUCCCCAAUUCUUGGCCUCGUUGCCCAAAUGGCGUGUUUAACGACUUUUUGCCAUAACGAGCCUCCGCAAUUCCGCUUUUUGCGUUAAUUUUCCCUUUUUUUACCCAUUUUGAGCCAGAAUGCUGAAGUUUUGUGGCCGAUUCUCCUUGAGUUGGGUUUGUUGGGUUUUUUUUCUGGUGAAUUGCUGAAAUUUUCCUUCAUUUUGGGGCAAAAACCCAAAUUUUCCUUCAUUUUGGGGCACAAACAGCGUUUGACCCCAAACCUGCUCCUUUUUGCCCCAAAACCGUUUCCUUUCCCCCCGCGGGUGACGUCGGCGUUGGGAGAAUUAUUUAAUUUGUAAAUAAUGUAUAAAUUUUUAAUAGUUUAAUUGUAAGAUACGGCACAAUAAAGGUUGCAAGUAAA